CUGGAAAGCGGGUCAGAGUGAGACCUCUGUCCGCUCCUCCUCCCGCUGACAGCGGUCUGCUGGAGCUCGUCGCUGUGAUAAUCAGAUCCGCAUGAAGCUGGAGCUGCUCGGUUUGGACCUCUCCGUCUGUCCGGGCGAAAGUUUGAAGACAAACAAGUCAAGCAUAAAAAGUUUGCUUCACUGCUUUACUUCUCCCCCCCCUCCAGCCCCGGUGGACCGAGACCAGAGGACUAACUGGGACGGUGUUUGUUGAGCUCACCGCUGGAUGUGAGUUUAACGCACAUUUUCCUUCUCGGUUUGUUCUCCGGUGAAGCGGAAAAACCGCCCUGUCCUCAGAGAUGCUGCCAGUGAAACCAGCGAAGAGCAACUGCAGAUCUGCCACUACUUGAAACACAAUCCACAGUGUCACCCAGCAGGAGCCCUGAGGAUUUAAAGUUGGAAGUUUCCAGGAUCCUGAGCUUUCACUUCAGAUUAUUUACUGCGUUUCUACCUCAGAGAUGCCCGUCAGUGAGCAGCAAGGUUUUUUGAAAGAUUUUAAUGGUGACAAAUGUGAAAAGGGACAGAAAACGCUCGGCUGACGAACAAACAAACACAUUUUUUGGAUGACGUUCACCUUCGACGCCUUUUUCCUGCCAGGACGACAUCACAGAUAGCAAAGCCAAUGUCGGCCGACAACAGCCCGCCGCCACAGCUGGCCUCGCAGCGGUCUUUCCCUGUCCUCCCUCAGCAUGCUGUCCCUCCCACCCCGUCGCCGUCCCCAAGCCCACCUUCCACCCUCUGCAGCCGGCUAUCCAACGGCAGCCAGACGGCCCCCAGCCCCACAAACUCACGGGGAUCCUCCAUCCACGGAGUCUCUUUCCUGCUUCAGAUCGGACUCACCAGGGAGACGGUCACCCUCGACCCCGGAGACCACUCGCUGUCUGCUGUCCGUGAGCUCGUCUGCUCCAUAGUGGAUCAAAAGUUCCCUGAGUGUGGAUUUUUCGGGAUGUACGACAAGAUCCUGCUCUUCCGCCAUGACCUGAACUCGGACAAUAUCUUGCAGCGCCUGACCUCAGCGGAGGAGAUCCAUGAAGGCGACCUGGUGGAGGUGGUGCUCUCUGCUCUGGCCACAGCCGAGGACUUUCAGAUCAGACCUCACACGCUGUACGUUCACUCCUACAAGGCGCCGGCCUUCUGCGAUGACUGCGGGGAGAUGCUGUGGGGGCUCGUCAGACAGGGCCUCAAGUGUGAAGGAUGUGGACUGAACUACCACAAACGGUGUGCGUUCAAGAUUCCAAACAACUGCAGCGGGGUCAGGAAGAGACGGCUGUCCAACGUCUCGCUGCCGGGUGCCGUCAUGUCCGUUGCUCGUCCACCGUCCACUGAGUUCACCCCUACACCACAGGAGGAGCGCCCCCUCCUGGGUGCUGGGAAGCGUAACUCCCUGCUGAGCGGACGUCCCAUCUGGAUGGAGAAGAUGGUCCUGGGUCGGGUCAAAGUCCCUCACACCUUCUCCGUCCACACAUACACUCGUCCCACCAUCUGCCAGUUCUGCAAACGUCUGCUGAAGGGCCUCUUCCGCCAGGGCAUGCAGUGCAAAGAUUGUAAAUUUAACUGCCACAAAAGAUGUGCGGCCAAAGUACCUCGAGACUGCCUCGGUGAGGUGGACUUUAAUGGAGAACCAGCCAGUCCCAGUCUGGACUCUGAGGCAACAAUGGAGGUGGAUAACUGUGACACCAACAGCGACGGAGGUCACAGCAUGGACGAGCAGGACGACAAGCUCUUCUUCAGCGAGGGUCCCUGCACGGACAGCGAGAAGGAUGACGAGACUCUCAGAGCCAUCAGCCCGUGCACCAGCAGUAACAUCCCUCUGAUGCGAGUGGUUCAGUCCAUCAAACACACCAAGAGGAAAAGCUCCACGGUGGUGAAAGAGGGCUGGAUGGUCCACUACACCAGCCACGACAACCUGAGGAAGAGACAUUACUGGAGGCUGGACUGCAAGAGUCUGACUCUGUUUCAGAAUGAAAGUGGAGCCAAGUAUUACAAGGAGAUCCCGCUGUCAGAGAUCCUUCAGGUUGAGCUGGCCCAGGACUUCGGGAGCCUGCCCCCGGGCAGCAACCCUCACUGCUUUGAGGUGAUCACUGCCAGCAUGGUGUACUAUGUCGGGGAAGACAUUGGCGGCCUGCACCACAACCCAGUCCUGGCAGCGUCCGGCGUGGGGCGGGAGGUUGGUCAGAGCUGGGAGAAGGCCAUCCGACAGGCGAUGAUGCCCGUCACACCCAAGGCCAGCGUCGGCACCGGGCCCGGCCAGGGGAAGGACCACAAAGAACUGUCCAUCAGCAUAUCAGUGUCCAACUCCCAGAUACAAGAAAAUGUGGACAUCAGUUCAGUGUAUCAGAUCUUUGCUGACGAAGUCCUCGGCUCUGGACAGUUUGGGAUCGUCUACGGAGGUAAACACAGAAAGACUGGAAGAGACGUAGCGAUAAAAAUCAUCGACAAAAUGAGGUUUCCCACCAAGCAGGAGAGCCAGCUGAGGAACGAGGUGGCCAUCCUCCAGAAUCUGCACCACCCGGGGAUCGUCAACCUGGAGUGCAUGUUCGAGACGCCUGAGCAGGUGUUUGUCGUCAUGGAGAAGCUUCACGGGGACAUGCUGGAGAUGAUUUUGUCCAGCGAAAAGAGUCGACUGCCUGAACGUCUCACCAAGUUUCUGGUCACACAGAUCCUCGUGGCCCUCAGGCAUCUUCACUUCAAGAACAUCGUCCACUGUGACCUGAAGCCUGAGAACGUUCUCCUGGCCUCAGCAGAACCGUUCCCUCAGGUGAAGCUCUGUGACUUCGGCUUCGCUCGUAUCAUCGGGGAGAAGUCGUUCCGUCGCUCGGUGGUCGGCACCCCCGCCUAUCUGGCGCCGGAGGUGCUUCGCAGCAAAGGCUACAACCGAUCUCUGGACAUGUGGUCUGUCGGCGUCAUCAUCUACGUCAGCCUGAGCGGGACGUUUCCCUUCAAUGAGGACGAGGACAUCAACGACCAGAUCCAGAACGCUGCCUUCAUGUAUCCAUCCAACCCCUGGAAGGAGAUCUCAGAGCAGGCCACAGACCUGAUAAAUAACCUGCUGCAGGUGAAGAUGAGGAAGCGCUACAGUGUGGACAAGUCUCUGAGCCACCCCUGGCUGCAGGACUACCAGACCUGGCUGGACCUCAGGGAGUUCGAGACGCGGCGAGGCGAGCGCUACAUCACCCACGAGAGCGACGACGCCCGCUGGGAGGAGCAUGCCGACGAGAGAGGCCUGCACUACCCCAAACACUUCAUCAUGUCACCCAACCUGGACGACAUGGACGAGGACCCCUAGUGGCCCCCAGAGAGUUAAACAUCUCCUACGAGGAAGCAGCAGAUCCGAGGAGUCCCUCAGCUGUGGACAGAGUCCAUGGAAACUGUCACCAUGAGGAUCCCGUCCCCAAGACGGCACGGUGUGUUCGCGGACAGCCAGGAGGCGGCGGUCAGGCAGCUGUGUGACGACACUGUGACGAUAAUUCAGGUCCAGAGAAUUUUUAUUCUAACACAUUUUUUUUUUCUGUUUCACUGAGUUUUGCUAUGAGCCAUAACAGUCGGUGAGCCAAAAACUGGAGGGAGAUUUUCCCCCAGAUUUCAAUAUUCAGUAAAACGGCUGCACUGCCAGUCAAACUGCAGAAGGGCUAGUUAAAAAAAAAAACAAAUCCAGAGACUUUACAUACUUUUUCAGCUUAAAUCGGAUACUUUUAUGACGUUACAUUGUAGAUCUCAUACAGCUGUGUAGAGCGUUUGUAAACUCAGAAGAAAUAAGCGCGUCUUGAUCAUGGAUUGAUUAUAAUGUUUUCAUUGUUUCUUGUUGGGAUGUCUCUUUGCACUAUUGGGAAACUUAUAAGGAGAACUACCCUGAUAAUAACUUUUGGUUUGUUUAUCUGCAGAAGUUUAUCUUCUUCCCAAUCUAUAGCGCUCAUAACAACAGACAAAAUUAUAAGACAGAUGAAAAGUGGAUUCUGAGCAGGACAAUAAUUGUAAAGUUUGUCCUGAAGGUGGUUUGUCAGCCAUACGACGGAUUUGUACGACACCUUAGAUUCAACUUGUCAGGGUCAGCUCUUUGUACUAUGAGUGAUAAUUUUGCUCAAGAGAAUAUUAACCCUUAAAUUUUUUUCAAAACAUGGGGAGAAUGCAGUGAGCAACUUAACAACACAUG